AUGAAAUCCUGGAUCAAACGAACCCUUUGGGCUGUCUUUGGCGCUUCCAUUGCGUUGGGAGGCUUAACGGCUUGUUCCAGCGGCCAGCACCAUCGCGGCCCCAUGAGUGCAGAAAAGCUUGCCGAAGUGCGCGGCAAGAUGGUGGACCGGGUUAGCAAAAAGCUCGACCUGAACGAAGCCCAGAAAGCAAAACUCAUCACCCUGGCGGACCAACUGGAAGCGCAGCGCACGGCGUUUGUCGGUAAGACGACCGAUCCGCGUGCGGAAGUGCAGGCCAUUGUGUCCGGCGUCAAGUUUGAUAGAGCACGAGCACAGACGCUUAUGGAAGAGAAGACACGCGCGAUCCAAGCCCACAGCCCGGAGGUGAUCAACGCGCUUGCAGACUUUUACGACAGCUUGAACGCAGACCAGCAGCAGCAGGUGCGCGACUUCAUGCAGCGUCGCAAGGGCUGGGCGGUUCGUAGCUGA